AUAUUACACAACUUUUUUGGCUCUGUAAUUUUAGGUUGCUCAUGGAUCCUUGCUUAUUGUGUCAGAAUGUGGGACUAUACUGUACAUGUCCGAAUCUCUCACACAACAACUUGGCUGGCUCCAGGUGGAUGUGUUGGGAAGCCCAAUUAACAAGAUAUUACACAAGGAUGAUGUGGAACUGUUUAAAUUACAGUUUAAUCAGGACAGCAAUUUCCAUUAUACCACAGAACAAAACAAUGAGGACAACAAAACCUAUAUUCCAGUGCACUCAUCCAGAAAAGUUAAGAGGUCAUUCUUUGUGAGAAUGCAGAACUUGAAUCAUGUAUCAGGGAAUACACCAAAGUAUGAGGAAAUGAGAAUCAAUGGCCAUGUUUAUUUUCACACACAUGACAAGAAGAAGGACAGAUCAGUUUUAAACGAGAGUUGGCUGGUAGGUGUUUGUCUCCCAGUGGCACGCCAGGCCUUACUCAAUAUGCAGGCUCUGGAGGAUAACGACAAUCCAGAGUGGGUAUCCCAGCAUGCAAUGGAUGGCAAGCUCUGGUAUCAGGAUCACAGAAUUGCCUUGGUAGUGGGAGUGAUGCCAAAUGAGCACAUUGGAAUGUCAGUGUAUGACCUUGUCAACAAGAAUGAUUUGAAGGACAUUGCCUGCAGUCACAUGAAAAUUAUGACAGAUGAUGAGAUUCCGUGUACAGUGUUCAGGGUCAGCUCAGUGAAUGGCUGUGGUCCAGAGAAAUAUAUCAAAGCCAGGUCUGUCAUAGUCAAGGACGCCUGGACCAAGAAAAAUCUCUUCAUCGUCAGCUUAAACCAGCAUAUUAGUGAUGAUGAGGGGCAGGUCCUGUUGGAGGAGCAGGGGAAGAGGGUGAGAGCCUUAAUAGCAGCAACCAAAAGUGUGACACUUCAAGAGAAGAGCUUCAAUGAGGAAAACAGUGACACUGACAUGUUAUCAACAGCAUCAGAUGCUAGCCAUUCCCCAGCCAUCACUGACGGGAUCUCUGAUGAACUGCUGGGAUCAAAAAGCAGCAUAGACACUCUGAGCCCAAGUGGCAGUGAUACAAUCCCAGGGAUCACAGUGGCUAGUGCUAGCCCACACAAAGAAGGUUUAUCUGACAGCAAAUACUCCCUGAAGAAGGAAUCACUCCCACUGUUAAAAAGCCUUCUUAUAGGGCCUAAUCAGGAAAAAGGGACACUAGAUAAAUGUGCAAUGAUAGAGAAUAUGUCACAGAAUGGUACUCUUCUGUCAGAAAUUGAAAUGUCUAGACAUGUGAAGAAAGGUUAUCAGCUUCUAGAAACAGAAGAUGAAUCAACAAACUUUGAUAAGUUUUGUAAAGGAUUAACUGACUUUAAUAGCUGUAUUAGUGUUACAGAAAAGGAAAAUGUCUCUCUGGAUAUUAUUGAUGAUGACCUCGUCUGCCAAAGAGUGACUGAAGCGCCACCUGCUGGGAAGCUGUCUUCAGCUUUAUCAGCAGGGGGAGAUAAUUCUGCUGUAAAUAAACAGCAUUUCAUGAGCCAGGUUUCUCAGUUUUUUCCAAUUGUGUCCUCAACAAGUUCGUUAAAUUGUGAAAUAAGCAGUAACUGUGCAAGCUCUCCUCAUCUCUCUAUAGUCAAUGAUUCCUCAACAAGGUUAUGUCCAGCGGAAAAAAGGGGCAGCAGUACGUUAAACAUGGGUGAACAUUUCAAAGACUCAACUCCAUUACAUGAAAACGAAGGGGAUUGCUUAACAAGAAUUGGAGAACUGACCCAAGUCCAGUCACCGACCAUUUCCUCACAAAAAUCACCCAUCCCUAGUGAUUCUCCUGUUCAACACUCAAAUGAGAGCAACAUAGAGUUCCGUUUUUAUCAACAACUUCAGCAUAAGCAUACUGCUCUUGCGAAAAGUCUACAUUCCCAGAGUCAAGAACUAAACACCAUGAAGAAAAACCUGCAUGACUAUAUGCCUUACCCCAAACUCAGAGAAAAGUUAAACCUCCUCCAAAGAGAAGUACAAGAACAAAGCACAAUGUUACAUGACUUGGAGAAGCUCAUGAUAGAGAAAUUUUCUACUUCUCUGACAAGUGCACAAGUGACAUGAAGAAAGUAAACUAAUAAUGUGUUUUAAAACAGCCUGACCUACUAUCCAUGGGAAAAGAAACUCAGUUUGCUGUUAGCUGAUUUUUUUUACUUACUGGGUAAAGGGAGUACUUAUUUUUGGAACAGGUAGAAGCAAUAAGUUGAAUUUUGUAUUCCAUUGAUGUCAUUAAUUGUAUUGGCUUAUGGGUGUGUUAGAAAUAUGCUUUUUUAGCUUACCUAAAGGCUCAGGUCUGAGUAAAGUGUUAGUGUCCAUCUGUCAUUUAGAAUAUGACAUUUAGCAUACUGUGUAAACUUCUCACAUUUUCAUCCUCUUUUCCAACAAGUUUAAAUAAUUAUUAUAAAAUAACAACACAAUUAAGCAUUUAUUGGUAAAGGGAAUUCUGAUGAAUUAUGUUCAGAUUUAGAGCUUUGUCCUAUUUUCUUUUGAAGGUUAGUGUUGAAAUAGUGUAGAAAAGGUGGUUAUAUUUGAAUUUUGGGGUCAUUUAAGUCUCUAGGCAAGUCAACAAAGUAGUCUUGCCGAAUGUUUAUAGUCUUUCAUAAGUACCACAUGAGUGAAAAAAUGAGUAUCGUAUCAAACUUUAAAGCUAUAUGUGGCAUAUCUGACCAAAAAAAUACAAGAUAAAGUGUAGAUUAAGAUGACAUUCGCUAUCUAUAUGUUCAGAUUAAAUUUUUUGCCGAUUUUGAUCCUAAAAAUCCCCACAUUUCUAUAGGUUAAAUUUACUUUAAACCGUAUCUGAUAUUUUAAUUCGAAUCGGAAAUAAAUCGGUUAUUGUUUUAACUAUAAUCUUGGAUAUCUCUGAAAGGCGAUUGAUUUAAAUUGUGUAAUUUACAGGAAAGUCCUGUCUUUACAUAAAGUAACAAAACAAAUAGAAUGAUCUUUUUAAUUUUAGUUAGUCUGAACUUAUCAAAAAUACGCCAUAUAUCACUUUAAUAAACAUGAUAAAUAAAGAUUUACAAAUACAUACUUUAAAAAAAAAUUUACAUAUAGCCUGUGUGUCAGGAGAAGAAAUGUAACUGCAGAACUGAGAUUUUGUCCCAUAUUAGACUCUAACUUGUUUUUAUUUCAUGUUCAUGUCUGAGAUUUUUUUUUUCUAUGUCAAAAAUAAUUAGAUAUUUUUAAUGAAAUCCAGGGAGAUGGCUUUAUUUAUCAUUGAUUUCCUUAUAUAAUGCAUGUAACUACCGAUAUGUGUUUAUAAUUAUAUAUCAUAUUUGUUAUUAUAUAAGUCAUAUUUGUUUAUAUACACCAGAAUAUAUAUAUAUCAUAAUAUCUGUUAAUAUUUAUGAUAUUUGUUUAUAUGUUGACAAAAAUUGUUAUAUUUAUAAAAGCAUAUAUUUUUUACAGUCUCACAUACAUUUUUAAAAGGUUUAGAAAUGAAAUCAAUGCUAGUAGUGCUUGCGAUAAACAACGAAAUGAAUUGUCCCUUGCCCAUAGAAAUUUUGAUGUACUAGUUGUUUU